AUGCACAGGCCGCGCGUCGUACUGCUGAAUGCACUCAUGGUGCUAGCUGCAACGUGGGCGCAAGAGAAAAAGGUUGCAUCGAUAGGGGCGACACCUGGCGCUGCAUCGUGGACAACUUCCGGGCGUUUUCUGAGGGGUGAGGAGAUCGAGGAGAGAGCUAUCCCUAGCUCUCAGACGAGCGUGUCGCCCUUCAAGAGGCUUUCGGAGUGGUUGAUGUCGAAAUUGUACAAGCUUACUCGAUCUCGCUUCAGCCGCAAAAAGCUGGACGCCGUGUUUCUGGAGAAGUACCUCGAAGCUAGAGUGGAUGAUAAUCUAUUUAGCCCAACGGUCUACUCCUGGGUUGCACGCAUUGACAUUUUCAACAACGACAAUCCACAGUACAAGAUAUCACCUGCUAAGCUGCUUGCAAAGGACUCUUCGCAUCUGGAACUGGCAAGAAAGAUUGAGGCGGGCUUGCUGAUAUCCGAUGAUCGAGAACUAGCGACUCGACUGGCGGAGAGUCAGAGAGAAUGCUGGAAAGCUGAUGGACGUAGUGCGAUGAAAGUGUUCAGGCUGCUUGAGCUCGACAAGCCAGGACGAAGCAUUUUCGAGCGUCCAGAGUUUGAUACGUGGCGCCGCUACGUCUUCGAAAAACACGGCAAGGAAAAAAAGGAAGCUGAGCAAGAGAUGGACUCAGUGACGAGAAAUCAUCACCCUUGGUGA